UCUUGCUCAUAUCUAAUUCCGACAUAUAAUCGAGAUCUAGACAUAAUGCAUCACUUGUUAGUAUUUCGAAAUGAAUAUAUAAAUGAAAAAAAAGACGAGAUCGAUUAAAAUCUUGAUGUAAUUGAACACAGUCUCGAUUUGCAAUGCUGAUAUAAUUAUUAGUCUCACGAAGGAAGUUCCCCCACUGAUUAAUCACUUUUGAGUCGAUACGAUGUACAUAAUGUAGAUUCUAAUGAGCUAUGAAUACCCUAAAAAAAGCGUUCGGAUCAGCGGCUUAUUGCUAUGGAGAUACUGCAUUUUUAAGGUAUUUUUUUAAAAUGAAUAUCAUGCUAUAGCUGUAUCUCAGGAUAGGGACAACGAAAAGAUGUGGAACUUUCACAAAAAACUAUUCUCAUCAAGGUUUGUCUCUGUGCAAUCGAAAUUCGGAAAUCAGCUUUCCUGAUGUUUCUGAAGGGAAUCACGGUAUUCAUUAAAAAACUACCGUAAAAAUGUAGUAUAUCCGUAGCAAUGAGCCAAUAGCUCGAACUCUUUUCGGGAUAUUCAUAGUUUAUUAAAAUAUACAUGAUGCACAUAGUCUCAGCUCAAAAACGAUUAAUCAGUUGUGAGAAUUCUCUCAUCAAACUAGACUUCAAGUUUGAGAAGGUAUACCAAUUCUUACAAUUGCUCUAGAUCUAAGCCAUUGUGUUCAUAUUUUUAUAUCAAUGAAACCGUUGUCAAGAGCUACACCCUUUGAUGAAGUGAAUAUAAACUUUCGAAAUAGGAAAAUCCAAUCUCUAACUGAAUGUCGCAUUUUUGGUCCGUCACGAGUUAUAUAUUAAAUAUUGAUUAUUAUAAUACUUAAACAGUCUCAUUGGAUUAUGAGUAUUCUAUACAGGGAACUCGAUAUAUGUAUAGACUCGAAAGGGCAUGCACGCCACCUGAAUAUUACUCAUAAUAAAAUCAAAUUUCUAAGAUAAGAAAUAUCACUUAGAAAAAUCUUUCGAUCUAUUAUCCUAGUUUUUAAUAUUCAAUCUUGUUAAUAAUUCAACUUAAAAGUUAAAUAAUUCUAAAAAAAAUAAAUUUAUGCAGAUAGAAAUGUGAAAUUUAUUUUUAUUAUUUAAAUUCGAUCCUAUCAAAUGAUAUACUCAUCUUCUUUUAUGAUAUUUCUAUUUGAAUAUUUCUGUUCGAGUAAUAUUUAUUUCAUAUUAAAACAAAUAAAUUAAAUUUAUAUAUUUUUUCUUUUUGUUUUAGGUAUUUCAAGUUGAAUUAGAAUAUUCACUUGCAUUUCGUUUACUUAUUUAUCGUAUUGAUACUACAACAAAAAGUAAUACUGCUACUUCUAAUAAUAAUAAUACACAACGUGCACAAUGUAUUGGUAAAUUUCAUCGAAAUAUUGAAACUGCAUUACAUGAAUGUGAACGUGAUCUAAAUGGAAUAUUAACAAUUGAAUCACCAUCUAGUGAUUUAAAAUUAAAAAUUUCAUUAAAAUAUUCAAAACGUGAAGGUACAUUUAAAAGACAAGGAUCGAAACGAAGUCUUGCCGUAUUUGGAAAAAGUAUUGAAAAAUUAUUAAGUACACCAAAUGGAUGUAUCGAUGGUAUUCCUCGUAUAAUAUUAAAAUGUAUUGAAAUGGUUGAUGAUGAAGGUUUAAAAGAAACAGGUAUCUAUCGUGUUUGUUGUGUAACGUCAGAUUUACAAAAACUUCGUCAUCAAUUUGAUCGAAAUUAUCAUCGUGGUGAAGAAAUGUUAGCUGAAAAAAAUGUGCAUGUUGCAGCUAAUUUAUUAAAAUUAUUUUUUCGCGAAUUACCUGAACCGUUAUUUACAAGUACACUUUAUACAGAAUUUUUAAAUGCUAUACAAUUAACAGAUAUUGAUAAUCAACAUAUUAUAUUAUUAAAAACACUUGAAUCAUUACAUCCUGAUAAUCGAAAAAUUUUAUUUUAUUUAUUAGAUCAUUUAAUACGUGUUAGUCAAUAUUCGGAUAUAAAUAUGAUGCAUUUGGAUAAUUUAGCAGUAGUUUUCGGACCAACAUUAAUGAGACCAUCAAAAUUAAUUGUAACAAAUCAUUUUUCUGGUAGUAAUCAACGUUUAAAUUCUAUUGGAAGUAAUGUACAAACAGAUCUUGAUCAAAUGUCAUCAGAAUUACAAGGUUCAAUGUAUCAAUGUCAAGUGGUACUUGCUUGUUUAAAAUUACGACGAGAUGGAAUAUUGAAAUGA